GGCGAGGAUAAACUUCAUAAAAAGAAGUGUCGCAUUACAUCGCCGGUGUUGAUCGCAGUUGAACUAGUUUUGGAUGGCUAAAUCUUGUUUUAUAAAUAUAAUAAACCUCAUAUAAUUAUCCAUUGCACAAAAAUUGUACAUACAACUUGAGAUUUCUUGUUACGCUUUACGUUUAUGUUUUCAUUGUGGAUUUUGAAUAAUGCAGUUAAAGGUAACGACUGUUUUGUAGUGUUUACUAUUUUCACACUAAGUUGAAUACUGGUCUAGUUAAGGAAAUUCUCAACUAAAGAAAUGGCGUCUGUAGAAGCAUUCAUUUUUCUCCCAUUAUGCAUGAGUUUCUCGGGAGCUCUGCAGUUGGCUGGAUUUGUGUCUCCUGGAUGGAUCAGGUUUAAAAACAGAUUCCACACCAUUCACACGGGAAUAUGGUAUACAUUGACAUGCACAGAGACUUGUGAAACAAGCUCAGUUUAUAAGGAUCACGAGGCUGGCAGUUAUCAUCCAUAUAGGCCAUGGCAAAUACAAACGACUAUCGCUCUAUUAGCAUGUGUGAUUGCUGUCAUUUGUCUUAUAAAGACGAGAAAUACUACAGGUGCAAUAAUGGUAAAGUGGCUCACAAACGGUGCAUACUGUUCUUUGUUAUCAGGGAUUUUGAGUUUAGUGCCAGCAGGAACUGUCGCAGACAUUGUACGUACUGGUGAGCAUGGUGAGGAUGAUAUGCUUUUUCCGUAUUCAUUGCUUCUUACUGGACUCGGCGGAAUCCUCGCUUUGGUAAUAUCUCUCAUAUCUUUGUAUUCUGUGCAGUCGGGGCAGACGACAAAUGAACCGGGUGUCCAUUUAUCCUCAAUGUGAUGACAACGUUGAUAUCUUCACGUGAAAGGAUGACAAAUUGACUGGGGUUUAAGAAAUCAAAACCAGUGCUUACAGCUAUAUAUCAUAGCGAAUUCUGUCCUAAUUUUUUUUAAAAGAAAUUAGAAAUUCUAAUUAUACAAUAUUUUGCAUCUUUUUCCUCAAAUGACAUGCAGUUACAAUGCAUGAUGAACAAUAAUUUAUCUUAGAUCAUCUCCAAUAUGUAAUGGUGACACCAAUGGACAUUUAGUUGCGGUUAUAAGUUUGUACAAUAUUGCUUAUAUCGCAAUAUAUACUGUGUUUAUAAAAAUGAAAUGUAUUCAAAACGUUAAUCAUCGCUUGUUGGAAGAGUGGCUCGGUCUAAGAGUAAACCGUUUUAUAUUGUGAUAUGUCUAUCAAUUCUAUCAGUUGUUUAUAACGAAAUAUAUUAUGUCUCCUGAUAUGUGAAUAAAACAGUAUAUAUAUUUAUGAAAAUACUUCUGCUCAUUUACUUAAUUGUUUAUAAGAAUGAAGCUGUUUACAUGUACAUUGAAUAAGUGUAUACUGU